AUGGUGAACCUAUUUAAGCGGAUGCGGAAGUUGAAGACUCUCCUCAACGUCCGUGUAGGAACGGGCGCCGCAGUCUUCCCCGCAGCCUCAUCAGCAACGAAAGACUUCCCAGCCAUCACCCGCCUGCACCUCACAUACGCCCACAAGAUCUACGGCGGACACCAAGGCGCGCGGCAUUUCUGGCGCAACUGCCUGCCGCGGCUACAGUACCACAACCCCGGUGUCCGGAUGACGGUCAAGCAGACCGACGAGCAAGAAGGCCCCGCCGCGUUAACGAUAUACUUCGCCGAGCAGGCCAGCAAGGCCGCGGCGCUAAACGCCUCGCAGGUGCAGGACAAGCAUGCGCCGGCACCUUCGGAGGCGGAGAAGACGGCCGUCGUCGACCUGAAGAACCUCGACUACAAGGAGAUCUGGAAUAAGGUGAAGAUCAUGACGGGGGCGGAGGAGGUACCGGCGACGCCGGAGGAGGAGGCCGAGCUGAAGAAGUUAGAGCAGAUGCGGCAGCAGUCGGAUAAGGACCGCGCGCGGGUGAGUGGUAUCCGCCAGGCGAAGAAGGACCAGGAGCGGAUGCUGCAGGAGGCUAGAGGAGAGGUCGAGAAACUGCGGCAGCUAUAA